GAUCGGUUUGGAGAAUGUCUUCCCAAAUGUCUUUCGACAUGUCACUUCUACGAAGUAAACAAGUACUGGUUUUCUGUUUAGGUUGGUUGUCUUAUGCUUCGACCUAUUUACUGAGAAAACCACUCGGAGUGGUGAAAACAGAUUUGGAGCAGUCGUUACAUAUUCCUAGAGAAAAGCUUGGAUGGUUGGAUACUGCAUUACUGUUACCAUAUGCUUUCAUGCAGAUCCUUCUGGGAUCAGUUGGAGACAAAAUUGGGCCAAGGAAAACAUUUGGGUUUUGUCUUGUUUUCUCUGGUUUGUCAAUGAUGACUUUUGGGAUGUGGAGUAACUUCACUACUUUCGUCAUCCUCCUGUUUUUAAAUGGCACUGCCCAGGCACAGUGCUGGCCAAAUUGUGUGAAAGUAUUAGGAGAAUGGUUCCCUGAGAGAUUACGUAACUCUGUCUUUGGAAUGUUUGGUACAUGUGCAUUUGGUGGUGGAAUCAUUGGGACAGCUCUUGCAGUGUAUCUCCAAACUUCCUAUGGAUGGAGGAACGCAUUUACACUACCCUCUAUCAUCGUUUUGUCAUUUGGUAUUCUUGUAUUUAUGUUGUUUCAACAACCAAAUGAAUUAAACAUCGAAGUGCCUGGCAAAGAAAAUCAAAAUCCGACAGAAGAAAAGAAAAAAAUGAGUUAUUUUGAAAUCAUGAAAAUCCCGAUGGUCUUUGAUGUAGCAUUGGCUGUGUUUUGUCUGAAGGUUGUCCGUUACUGUAUGUUCAUGUGGUUACCAAUGUAUUUAUAUAAUGAGCUGAAGUAUUCUAAAAGUAAAGCUGGUAUUUUCUCUAUUGCCUUUGAAGUUGGUGGUGUAUUAGGAAGUGCUUUGAUUGGUUUUGUCAUGGACAGAUUUUUCUCCAAAGGACCUCUUUUUGGAACAGGAAUCUCAGUUCUAUUGAGUGCAAUCAGUCUUCUCAUGUUUAGUUGGACCAGCCAUUGGGGUGUAUAUUUCAACAAUAUUUUCAUGUUCCUUGCUGGUGCAUUCAACUGUGGCCCUGAUUCAAUAUUAGGAGCCGCUGUACCGUCAAGGAUUGGAGAACUAAAUGGUCGCAAUGCUGGAGCUGCUGUUGUAGGUUUUGUUAAUGGCUUUGGUAGCAUUGGUACUGUGAUAGAAGGACCAAUCAUUGGUAUUGCAUCAACAAUGUAUGGCUGGUCAGGAAUGUUCUAUCUAAUGAUUGCAUUGUCUUUGAUAGGAACUUUUACUGUGUUUAAAGCAGCCUAUACACAGAAAACUAUAGACACACACAAUGCUGUCUUCCAAGAAGUGUAACAUUUCUGUAGAAAGAACAGUUUUUGUUUGAAAUAUUUUUAAAAUUGAGUGAUAGUUUUCACUCAAAACCCAUUUAAAUAUGGUUUUCUGCUAUAUUGGUACCUUUGAGUACAGUGAUAGCAUUUUUUACAGGUAUAUGUUUGCUUAAGUGAUCAUUAUGGAACCAAGAACUGUAUUUAUUUAUGGGUGCUCUUCACAGUUUGAUUACCAACUGUUACUUAAUGUAAGACUGUCAGGUGUUUGCAUUACAUAUCACCUGUGGACAUUUUGUCCUCAUAUAAAUACUGUGAAUAACUGAUAACAUUUAAUCUUUCAUGAAUACAUUAAUUUUAUAACAUAGAUAUUUAUGACUUUGAACUGACUGUGAAAUAUAUCCUGUGGAAGCAUAUCAAAUCUCACUAGUCCAUGUAUAUAUUUUAUGUCCACUGUAGAUAACCUAUUUGGACAGUUCAUCUGUGACUAUAUUUCAUAAUAGUUUUUAUCUAUUAUUAUUAUUAUUAUUAUUAUAAAUUAUUAGUCUCAAUUUGCUUUUACUCAGAAAAAUUACAAUUUAUAACAUCUUCCUCUAGUUAAAAAGAUGUUUUCCUGAAGUUUUCAAUGCAAGUUCAAUGCGGUUUAGAGUAAAUGAGUAUUGGGAAUAAAUGUUUUUAGAAAUAAUCGUUUAUAUAGAAGAUAAGAAAGAUCCCAGUAAUACUUACAUAUGUGGUAUUCAUCUUGCACACUAACAUGUAGGAUAAAUGCAGUCAGCAACUUAACUGUUGUCCUUAAGAUAUGUUAUUUAUCUUUUAUGUAUUGGAAUUUUUACAUUUGAUCUUUGUUUUUUAUCAAGUAAUGGCUAAUCAGCAUUAUUCAUCUCAGUGGUAUUUUGAAAUGUGUGAUGCAAAGCCUUUUCAUGAGACUAUUUCUUUUGUAAGUAGUAAUAAAGGGCUGUAGCUAAAAAUCUGACCCCUAUAGUAUUGGAAACUGACUUGUACUGUGUUCAUCAUUUAGUAAAUGUUAUUAUUUUAAACAGAUCUAAUUUUUUAUGGUUCUUAAAAAAGUUAAACCAUCAAAUGGACUGGAUAAUUGUAACCAUUUUUCAAUUGUCUAGCAUCAUGUAUUUAUUUACAGGCUUCUACUAUCAGAAAAGUAUUUUCUAAAAGUUUGAUCAUAGUAAAUAUCACAGUAACUUUUAUCACCUGUGCAUACAAAUUUGAUGUUUUGGGUCAGUUAAAGGAUUUAAAAUGAAAGUGGGAUUUAUUGUCUUGCCAAAAUAUCACUGGGAAUGAAGGGUACAUUUUAUUGAUGUCAGAUUGCAGAAUAUAAAAAAAAAAUUAAGUAGAAUAGAUGAAUUGUGACAACAAAAUCAAUCCACUUCUGGGACUUGACAUAAUUUAUAUUGAAUUUGUGAAGAAAAAUAGUAUUCUUUGAUUUUUUUUUAAAACAUUGAAUAAAUAUUUAUUUUUGGAUCUAA